AUGGAUGACCAAUCUGUAGUCCCGUACUUUCAAGGAGCUUAUUCCUAUUACCAACCUCAGGCUACAUGGCCAGUGAACAUGAAUACUCAAAUCGGAGACCAACUUCAAGUCUUUGAUCAGAACAUCACAGCCAGCUACAACCACUCUUCGCACCAUGAAACUGGAAUGAUGACAUAUCCUGAACAAACUUCUAACUUAGUUCUGAACUCAUACCCUGUAUACCCCGCUUACGACACUGGUCUGGCAUAUCCCAACUCCGAUAGCACUGGCGUCUUCACCAACCCUUAUGAAAUCGGAGCUCUUGAUCCCUACCAAUGUAAGAGAAUUUUAAUGAUUAAAUGUGCCAACUCAGUCUUGAGCCCAUCCUUUAUCCAGACUUCUGGCUAUGAAGCUUCGACAUUAGCUGGACAACCACCCUGGCCCAGCUCGGGUGAAACUACUCUACCCGUCACUUCCUAUGAGGACGGAGCUUUCUUAUACCCAUACCAAUCGGCCAACUUAUUCUUGGACUCAACUCUCACCCAGAAUUCUAACCAAGGAGCAUUCACGUUCACUGAACAAUUGCCCAACUUGAAUAACGCUCUACCCUUCGUGGAUCCCUAUCAUAAUCCAGUUCUGAUCGCUGCAGAAGGAUACAUUGGUCAACCGUCGGUCAACCCUGCUCGCAAUGGAGGAAUGGCUUACCUUGAAUCUGCUCCAUCCACCCAACCACAUGACCCACUGUCUGGGAUGGCUCACAUCAACUUGACGCCAGGAUUGCCAAUGGAAGGUGCUUCCCAUCCUAUUCCUUUUGAUAGCGGAUUGAUCCAAGCUCCUGUUGCUACGAAUAAACCAAGAAUAGAAUUGAUUGAUUAA